GUUACACCAGUAAUAGAACUCAUAUUUGCGAAAAGUGUUCAAUAAGUUAUUAACCGAAGGCAAGUAAUAGUUAUGGGUAUCAUUUGGAGUUCUUUUUCUGAAUGUUUUGAAGCAAUAUUUUCUCGUGAAGACACUACAAAUUACAAUGCUCAUACUAUAGAAAAUAAUCUAAACCAACUUAUCAGUAAAUUGCAAAAAGAGGAAGACGUUCACCAGAUUGUAAAAAAAUAUAUUUUGAAUGUAUUACACAUUUAUGGAAUCAAGAGUGAAAAAUUAAAGCGACAAGAAAAAGAUCGGAUCCGACCAUUACUCAACUCAGCAUAUGAGGGACUUGCACAUUUGGAGGUAAAAAAUAUCAAACUGCGGCAAACAGCAGGUAAAAAGAUUCGAACAACUAUAGAAGAUUUAUUUAAAAUCGAGGAUGAAGUGAAAAGUAAUAAAAUAAACAAAAGUGAAUUUGAAAAUAAAUUGCAAAUGGUAAUAGCAUCCAUUCAGAAACUUGAUACUAAUUCAAGAGUCACAAUAGAAGAAAACGCAGAAAAAAAUAUCGCUUUUUUGAUUUUGCAAUUAUAUAUCUAUAGUACAUCGGCGGACGGGAACAUUGCUGGAAAAGAAGAAAAUAGUACGACAACAUGCACAAAACAAUGUAACUUAAAUGCCCAAACAAGUAGCCGAAACAGGACCAACAAGAAAACAAAAAUACAAAGGGCAGAUGUAAAUCAAAACUGUGGCAGUCAAACUUCAGUUUCGGAAUGGCAGUCUUUAAAACAGGGUACCGAAGAGAAUUUAAAUGAGAAAAGUAAACCUUCGCAAAACAGCAUAAUUGGGACAUCGACUACAAAUCUCUCAAUGCAGCAACAGACAGAAAAGUAUUGGGGAAACAUGAACGCAAAAAAAGAUUUUAUGGGAGAACACCACGCAAACAAACCUUUUCCGGGUUUUAGUCAAGAAUCUGGUUAUUAUGGAAAAAAAAGCAACACCAGUUCACUGGAAAACAAUACAAAAAAUAUACCAGAAGAAGAAGCAAAAAACAACACCCAAAAUGGUGUGUUGGAUGCUAAUAGAAUAAACGACUAUUUAGUCUCACUAGGGUACAUAGAAGUUGAGAUUUACGAUGUUAUUCAAUCACAGACUGACCACACCAUAAAGAUAGCAAAUCUAGAAUCUCUGAAAAAAAAAGUUCGUGGUUUCAGUAGCACUAAUGUUGAGGUUCGCGUUCAAAAAGAAGAGCUUUUUAAAAACAUUGACAGCAAAGUUCAUUUGAUAAGGCAGAGCAUUGAGAAACGUGAAGAAACAAAAUCUAAUAAUACAGAAGCUAAUACAAGCAACUUUUAUCAGAAAGAUACAGUGAAGAAAGAACCGAGGCGAUUUGACUAUAACAAUUCACAACAAGUGCCUACUUUGGGUGGUCCAGUAGAGCAAUUACAAACAACUUUUGCACACACAAAUGAUUUUGACCAAGCCAGAAAAAAGUAUAACAACGCAGAAAUUUGGUCACCACAAAACCUACAGGACCACGGAAACCGAAGAAAUUUGACGCAUAAGCUUUCAACUCAAGAAACUAAAAGUGAUUUUGGUCGCUUUGAGGAGCAACAAUCUACAGAUAAAUUAGCAAAAUUUAAUAUUGAAAACGAAAAAAUGAACAAUUCCGCAUGUACCAGUUUAGGAACGGUACCAAAACAAAAGCAAAUGAAUGAAAUAGCCAAUGCUGAUGGAGAAGUUGAAUCAAAAUCUAUGUUCACAGAAAUGUCAGAAAAUAAGAAGUUAUUUAAGGAUAAAUCUGACAUCUCACCGAUGUGCCAAACAGAAAUAAAUAAUGUUAAAAAGAGGGAAGCAGAGGAAACUUUUUCAAUACGCGAGGAUGUAGAAAAAAAACUACAAAAUUCUGAUAUCAAACGUUCAGCAGAACUAAUCCCGUCUCCAAUUCAGAACGAUGACUCACAUCCUGAAGAUAGAUUUGAAAAUUGUACACAUAUUCUUGACAAAGCACUAAACACUUUAAACAAUCUUGCAGAACUUGAACAAAAUUUGGAACCUGUUAAUAAACAAGACAUGUCUGAAUUGAAAAAAAAUAUGUACUGUUUAACGGGCAAUCGUCCAGAAGUGGCUUACAACACAGAACCACACCUAAGAAAUAAACAAAACGAUUUUGAAUUUAUAAAUGCAGAACAAAUGUAUACAGCCCCCACAUUUGAACAAGAAAUUGUUAUAAACAAUUUCAGUGAAAAUAAUACAAUUGAACAUGAACCGUGGCGACUAGAAUGUAAAAAUUCAAAACAAUCAUCUUCCUUCUUGCUUAGUCAAAAAGAACAGUUAGACCCAGCAUCUUAUGAUAACUCAGAAAUUCAUGUAAAUAAGAGCAAUAACGCAACAGUUCAGUCUCCACAAAUGUUGCAAAAACACGAAAACCAAAGGAAUAUAACGGGACCUCUUUUAAGAGAAAAACUAGAAGAUAAUUUUGAAGCGCAGCAAUCUACUAACAAAACAGAAAUAUUUAACGCUGAAGGUGAAAAAUUCAACUAUCCGUUAGAAAUGAAUUACGCACAAACACAAAUCAAGGAAGAAGCCAGGGAUGCUACAAAUUUUGAACUGCACUCUACUAUAACGACGAGCACAUUAGGGACGGAAAUAAUUAAGGAUGAAUCUGACCAUAUCUCACCAACUUUUUCAGAACAUAUCUCAAGCAGCAAAAUUUCUGAUGAACCGAUUCUGUCGGAAAUGUCAACUGAAAAUUCGCAAACUGAAGAAACAGUCGAAAAUUAUCAAAAUAAUGUCCACGAGGUGGCAGAAGACUUAAACAAAUUUAUAACUAAUUUAGACCAACCACUUUCUAUUUUGCAAAGCCAAAAGGAACAAUUGCGAUUACCACCUACUGCACAAGAAAACGAUUUCCAACAAUUAGGUGAAACCUAUAGAAAUUUUGAAGCUGACGAAACAAAGAUCAACAACGUGGCAAUUCAGUCACAAGACCACGGUAACAAAAAUUAUGUAAAGACCAAAUUUUCAACUGAGGAAACAAGAGAUGCUUGUCUCCCCUAUCAAACGCAGCAAUCUGCAGACGAAUUAAUACCAUCUAAAGGUGAAGAUGAAAUACCAGACAGUUGUGGUACUAACUACUCGGAAGUUCAACAAGAACAAAUCCAGGUUAACGCUGUUGUAAAUCUUGAACUACCUAAUAUUAUGGACACAGAAACGCCAGCUAAGAAGGUAUCUAGAAGUAAAUGUGACCACAGUUCACCAGCUUGUCCAAUAGAAGCAAAACGUAUUAAAACGUGUGAAACAUAUGAAAAUUUGUCAUUAAGUGAAGACGUGAUAAAUGAGCAACAAGACCUUGUUAUCAACCAUUCUAAGGAGCUAAUUAUGCAGAAACAAGACUUACAAAUUAUUAUCGACAAUGUAACAGAUGAGCUGAACAAAUGUGCAGCUAGAAUAGAAAAUUUACAACCUGUUAACGAAAAAAUUUUGUUAGAAUUGGAAGAAAAUAUAAGCGAUUUGAUUGACUGUCGUCUUGAAAGUAUCUCUGAGGAAUAUCCAGAAAUUAUUCAACAAAAACAAUUGAUUAACAACAAAGGACUGGAUCUAAAAUGUAAACUAAACAAAUUUAAAGAUGGGAGAAUAAUAUACAAUAAUCAAAUGUGUUUAUUAAAGGAGUGCGAAACUGAAAUUAUGCAAAUUGCGCACUUGCGGGAUAACUUUAUAGUAAAAAAAGGAAAACUGGACGAUGUUAGGAAAAACAUCUAUCGAAUCGAUAGCAAUUCUCCUGAAGUAAACAAUAAAAAAACAGUGAUUUUAAACAAAUUAGAAGGACUUAUUUUACUGGAAUCAACAGAUUAUCUAAGACAGUGCUCUGAAUCGAUUAACACUGAAAUGUUAAAUGCAGAACAAUUUCCAUUUCCAAAGAGAACUGACAACUUUCAGUCCAGGAGUAAAAAAAUUCAAGCGUUAAAAUAUAAUCUCGGCGAGCUUCCAAAAGAAUAUCAGCAUAUUCGAGCAAAUGUUGAACUUCUGGAGAAAGAUAUAGAUAAAGCUGUGGUUAUUUUAGAGGACACGGCUAGCUACAAUGAAAAUGUGUUUCUUAGACUGGAAUUUUUAGAGAAAACAAAACAGGCCAUUACUGAAAUUCAGAAUGCAGAAAAUAUUGAACUAACGGAUAAAUUAGAACAAUUAGACCCCCAUCUUCAAGAAAUGGAUUUUCGUGAUGAAGAUAAUCACCAAAAAAUACAAUUAAAGAAGAGAGAAAUUCGUCACUUAAUGGAUAGUUUUCAAACAACCGUUUUUGAAAAUCAUGAGAACUGCCUAGAAGUUAAAAAUAAAUUGAAAGAAUAUGAAACCGAAAUAUUGGAUUCGAAUUCUUUCACGUCUCACGAAGAAUAUCGAAGCAGAAUAAACGACAUUUCACAGAUGGGCCAGACAUUUAAGGAUCAUUUCAACAUAAAUCAUAAUCCAAUUGUACUUGCAUUUUCAAGAAGGUGUAACAUAAUAGUGGAGCUUUUAGGAAAAAAAUUCAUACAAGAUGAGAACAUUCGUACGUCUCACGAAUGUUUGAAAGAAAUUGGAAAUAGAAUUAUUGCUAACAAAAACGUGGCUGCUGCAAUGCAAAAACAGUAUUUGGAUGAUGACGCACUCAUACUUUGUUCAAUAAAGAAAUCUUUACAUAACCGUGAAAUCACAAAUAUUGUAAAAGAUUUGGAAAGUAAAAUCAAAGUAGAAAAGUUUAAACUUGAAUUAAUCGACAAGAGAAUUGCUUUAAAUAAUCUUAAGAAAGACGUUAUACAACUAUCUUUGCCUGUGGUUUGUACUAAAUUUAAGACACAUAUGGAUCAGUUGCUUUCUUGGAAACAAUAUGUCGAUGCAAUGCCUCAGGGAGACUCAGAAUUAGAUUCCCAAAAGCAAGAAUUUUUACAAGAACUUAGUAUUUGUUUGGGACAUUUGGAUGACUACGUGGCAAAAUUACUAACCAGCAAGAAGCAGUCUGAAAAAAUUUUAGAAUUGGAGAGUUAUUUUGAUUUCAAGUUGGAUUCUUCCAAGGUUUCAAGAAAUAGUUUGGAGUUUAUUCAAGAAAUCAAGGAAAGGGCGCGGUCUUUUGACGAAAGUGUUAAAUACUACCUAGGUUCAAAAUAUUCCAUUGAUUAUUACAUUAUUCACGAAAAUUUGCUGCGAUUGCUACAAGAACUUCACAAAGUGGUUUGCAACGACGAUGAUGAGCAAUUGCUCGACGAACUUAUAGAUACUAUGGAUUAUGUAAAGAGGUUAAUUCGGUUGCUGGAUUCUAAUGCCACCGAUAAGUGAACAACUUAAAUUAACGAGGAGGUUAGGUAUUAAAGAGAUUGCUAUAUUAAUUAUAAUUCUAUAAAUAUGUAUCGCCUAACUAAUUUUUCUUUGUUAAUAAACAUGUAGGUACA